UUCUGCCUCCGCCACCAGCGGCCUCCCUCGCCUACUCUUUCCAUUUCCGCUCCUCCGCGCCCCGACCUCGAUCCCAAUUCCCGAAACCCUAGCUAGCCCAAACUCUCAGCGGCGGCGGCGCGGUGUAUUGGGUUUCCUCCUCAGCUCCGGUUUCCGGCGGCGCCAUGGGCUGCUUCCUCUCCUGCUUCCGCGGCGGCUCCGAGCCGGCCGUCGAUCUCCGCGAUCCGCUCGUACGGGAGAGCCGGCUCGGGGACGCGUUCCUGAACGAAGAGAAAAGUAUGGGGAGUGGAAGGCGGGAUGUGGAGGCGGUUAAUGGCGGAGGAGUCGAUGAGGAGCUCCUGAGAGAGGCAAAUUAUCUUAAAUCUUGUGGCACAAUAUCAAAAACUCCACCAGAAAUUCUCGAAGUUCCAAGCUCCACCAGUUCAGAAGAACCUAGUGAGACCAAUGACACAUCCACCAACGUGCAAGUGAUGAGAGAGACAAACCUACUCGAAGGGGACUUAUCAGAAGUGUCCAAAAGUGUUGAGCAGCCUGAUACACAGAAUGAUGAGCAGAACAUUGAUGAGGGAAUUCUCAGGGUGGAAUCAGAAUCUCGAUCAUCCUCACAGGACAAUCCUUCAUUUGAGAACAUCAUUGACCAGAAGAUUGAUUCUAGUGAUUCACCUUAUCCAACCCCGUUGGUCCUCAGAGGUGACAUCCAGACUCCUGCAACAGUAUAUACUACAUGUAUGAGCACUUCAAAGCCUGGAAAGCGUGCAAGGGCCAGCAGACAGUUCAUUUACCCUGUUCUGAGACCAAUUGAGAACAAGCUACAGUGGAUGGAACUAAAAGCUGAGUCACCUGUGGUAGCAUCCAAUCCUCCGAAGAGAAGAAAUUUGAGCGCGGAUUUCAGCGAGAAGCCUCAGCAGGCAUUUGCAAGUUCAACUGCCACACAGACAGAAUCACCAAAAUCUGAAUCCUUGCCAUUUCACGACAACUGUGAAGAGCUGGAUGAAGUCAUAUCUCCAGAGGAAACCAAGGGUCAGGAUGUCAACCAACAGCUGUUUGAAGGUGGAGAGCCACCAAACCAAAAUUCAGAACAUGGAAAGCAUGGUGUUUCAAGCCUCUCUUAUUGGCUGAAACCGUCAUCUGCAGAUGAUGAGAGCCACAGCCACACCAACACUGAAGUCAACUUUGGGAAGGAGCCAUGCUAUGCAAAGAGCAUUUUCGAUGCGCCUAUCUUUCCAGCUUCUGGUUUCAACUGGGACAAUGACAAUCCUACCCCUGUGCUGCCCAAGGCGUGGGAUGGUAAUGGAAUCCCAAACACCACAACCAAGUAUAAGGAGGACCAGAAAGUCAGUUGGCAUGCCACGCCGUUUGAGGAAAGGCUACUGAGGGUUUUGUCGGAUGAGGAACCACUCCAUGAAAGGAUAUAUUCGUCGUUUCAGUUUUCACACUCGGCGUGAUGGUCCCUUCUCGCAGGAAAAUCAGCGAGAUGCUUAUCCACCUUGAGGAGAAGGCCGAGUAGAUAGAGCCUUUGCAUGAAGUUGGAGACGCGCGACCUCGGGCAUCAUGAACUAUUGAACUUGUCUAAAAAUGAAGGUCCAGGUCUUGCCGAGCCCAAUAUGAAAUUUCGGAGGCCGUGCCGUGUAUGGCUGUAUGCACACGGCAUCUGUAAGUAUAGAGUCGAGUGUCCGAGCGAAGCACACUCUUCCCAAACCUUCAGCCCUCGGCUGGCUUUCAUUUGUCAACUGCCUGUUGUUUCGCCCGUCGCUGGACAAUCUUGCGUUGUAGGGGCGCUAAAGUGGUGUGUCCGUGUGUGUGACCGCAUCAACUGUUGAUUGGUGCGUGGUGUCAGUAUAGCUAUAUAUACAAGUCGGUUUUCCUUUGAAAAUAAAAAAAAUAUGGCCAUGACAUAUUAAAAAAAUCUGAGUAGUGGUGGUUUUCGUU